AUGUCGUGUACACUUCGGUUCCCUUCCGUCAACGAUGAGCCGUCCCCGCAUACCGCAUACCGACUUCUGGAAUUGCCCCCUUCUUUGCUUGCUGAAAUAGAGUCGCGAUCAUCAGAUUUGAAGCUCUGCAUUAAGGGCAACAAGUCGGACGAUGCGGUUCUCUGCACUCCUAACACCACAUAUGCGAUACGGUCAGUAGUUCUGUCAAAUACAGAAGUUGUGGCUACCUCUCCCAGAUGCUCUUCGUCGUGGGGAAUAGAGGCGAACCUUGACCAUACCGAGGUGCCCCCAGAUGGGGAUGUGGUCAUCCGGGAUCAGCUGCGCGAAAUCCUUGAACUCGUGCCAAUUAUGCCUAAAUUGGAACGAAUAGACUCGCUACUGAGGGGGGACGAAGUCUUGUUAGGAACAGAAUUGCUGGACAGGGAUGAGCCGCAGAGUCUCCAGCCAAAGCGGAGGAGGCUCACAUACGAUCGGGCAAAGGGUGUUCUUCGACCACUGUCACUGGGAACACUGUCGGACCUCCUGCAAAAAAUACUUAUUCUCAUUGUGGCUGGUUCCUAUUCUCCUUCUGGUGUUCCCCUCGACCAGCUACUUCAAGAGCUCCAUGAUGAACACGCAAUUAUCCCUGAACUAACAGAUCAAGUCGUGCGAUGGUUUGGGACGGUGUCGCAAGGCUCAAGUGAGAGUUCCUGGCACUGUGACAUAGGCGGAGUUGUGCGACAAAUAGGCCUAGGGCUCCUUAGCCAUCAUAAGGACAUACCGAUAGAGGAACCUGUUUUCGUCGAAAACUGGAAGUCGGUUGUGGGUGAUUCUUUUGAGAAGGAAGUGAAUAUCGCCCAACUGAAGGGGUGGUUCCUCUCUUCAGAUUCAUUACCUGGAGCAACAUCAUCCAUUUCACCGAAGCUGCAAUACUUCCCUUCAUCCGCGCUCCCAUGUGCACCCGCAGCCCGGUUCUCGGAUUUGUUUCUAACACGCCCAAUAUGGAGAUCCGAUGUACUUGAGCCAUACUUGGGUGGUAUCGCUAAAGACGGUAAGGAAAGAGACAAGCUUCUCCUGAAGUUUUGCAGAGUGGUGGUAGAUGAAGAAGGAUGUAAAUGGUACAGUGCGAGAGCAAAGUAUUGA